GUUCCCGGGGGACGCGGGCUCGGCGGAGGUGCCGGCGCUCGGCCCCCUCAUGGCCAAGCGGCGCGCGGAGCCGUUAGUGUGCCACGUGCCUAUCAAACGGCUCCUGCGCGAGCCGCCGCCGUUCGCCCCCCGCGCCGUCGCCCCCGACCGGCGCUCCCGGGGCGAAGCGGCGAGCGCUGGCCCUGCCGCCCCGAAGCGGAAGCUGGAGGAAGCCGAGGCACCGCCGGGCAAGCGGCCCGGGCUGCGGGGGAGCGGCCUCCGCGGGGAGCAAGGGGACGCGGGGGGCAGGCGCCGGCGGCGUGGCGGUUCUGCGGCGCCCCAGGACGAGCGGACGGCCGAGGGACGCGGCCGCCCCAGCGGCAACGAGCGAGCCGCCGCUGAGCAAGAAGAUUUCUUCCAAUAUAACUCAUUCCUGUAUUGGAGAACACCAUUGCCUGCUGUUGAUUUGUCUGAUAUUCAGAAUCUAGAUGGAGACACUCCACCAGAAGCUAAAAUGCCAUCAAAAACUGAUACCAUGGAGACUGAAAUGGAGACCUGAUCAGUUGUUUCAUAGUUGUUCAUCUACUUACAGGAAACUUGUCUUUAUUUGGAUUCAAGUUUAUCUACUGGGAAGAAAAAUAAGCAUGCUUCUGCCUUCUUGAAGAAACAGUGUUAUGUCAGUCCAAAAAACCAAGUCUGUCUAAGCACAUGGGAUUAUUGCUGUGAGGUACUUAGUAGUACACUGUUUGGAGGUGUACAGUGUGGAGGAGGCUGUGAUGUCUAGCAAGUAUGCUUGAAAAUAUGCAGGCUGGCUAAAGUAAGAGUACAAAAAAUUAGAACUUUGGGAUGGAAUUAAAAGAAACAGGUGGUUAUGUUACAUAGCAGAAGGCAAGGGAAAAUGAUUUUGCCUAGCCUGGAACAAAAAGAUGUAAGUGUGGUAGCUGAAAGCGAAGUAUUUAUAAUGUGAAUUUAUCAUAAAGCACAGAAACUGUAUGAUUUCAGUGUUUGGUUUUGCCUUUUAGUGUUCUUAAUGUGUAAUAGCUAAACCAAAAAAUAAGAGUCUACCAAAACCAGACAAAACAUUCCCUUUUCUAUGCAAACAAAAACCAAGUAUGGCAGGGAAGGGGAUGGGAAAGGGGAUACUUUAUUUUGUAAAAUGGCACUGUUCUGAAAAUUUUUCGUAUUCUACUUAAGAAAAAGUUUUUUCAUCUUCACCUUUUCACAUUACCCAAAGCUGUGUGGAGCCAGCUUCUAAGCUUUUGGUCCAUUUUCAUAUUAGUGCUGUUCUUAUUCUCUGUUACUUAAGGUCUGAACAAAUUCGUACCAAAAUGGAGGUAUCUGCAGAUGUGUCACAUAAAGUCAAUGCAGUGUAGAAUUACCAUAUACAUUUUUCAGACAACUGACUAAGAUGUAGUUUUUGCAAAUUCUAUGGAUCUUGGGAAAACUUUUUACAGAACUUAAUUGAAUUAGUGUUUUUUGCUGUGAAAUGCAAACUUACUGCUUUUUUUAUUUAUUUGCAAGUUGAAGUACAUUUACAAAUACUUGUCUUUAAUAAUAGACAAGACAUAUGGGCAGAUAUGUCAUGUGUGAUUUGUCACGAAGGACAGCAAACACUAAUUUUUUCUGGAAUUAUCAUUGGACAAGGCAACUUGAGAUUUUUUUAAUGUACUUGCUGAAGGACAAUAAAGUUUGUGUGUAUUUGAAAACUA